UAAAAUAUCAGUAUUUGAUUAGAAUACAGCCUGUGAAUUUUAACUUUUGAAAAAAAAAAAAAAAUUGUAUCUGAAAACCUGGUUUGUCAUUUAAUUAAGACACACGACUGUCAGAACGUUUUUCUUCUUCCUAAAAAGCAGUAAUUUAUAUCGGCCGUCUGCAGUAUUGUAUUUUUUUAAUUAUUUGCUCCAAAGUAGUAUCUGAAAUAACAGAAUAAGAAGAAGGACUGCGUGUUUCCAUCAGACAUUAGGGACCAUGAAGCUUCUUCCGUCUGCUUUCUUGUUGGUCUUCCUCCAGUUCGGACCCCUGGACGGGAGAAAGGGUUGGAGAAGCGGCCGUGGUAACCCCCAGCCCCGCCGGGCGCAGCUGUCUUCCCCCACCCGGGACAGAGCCGAGGCGGGCGUGGAAGAGAGUUUCUCGUUGGAUUUCACAGCAGUGGGUGAGGGGAAUAUGGACGAUUUCAUGACACAGAUCAAAAACCUGGCUCAGUCCUUGUACCCGUGCUCAUCGCCGAACAUAAAGCAUGAAAUGAGACUCCAUUCCUUGGAGAACACAUCGGUGGUCUGCAACGACGGGACACCGGCGGGGUAUUACCUGAAAGAAUCAAAAGGGAGCAAAAGGUGGCUAAUAUUCCUUGAAGGUGGUUGGUACUGCUUCAAUAAGGAGGACUGCGACACCCGAUACGACACCAUGAGGAGACUCAUGAGCUCAACAGGAUGGCCCAAAACCAAAAUAGGAGCUGGAAUCCUGUCUUCGCAGCCUGAACAGAACCCUUACUGGUGGAACGCCAAUAUGGUAUUCAUUCCCUACUGCUCCAGCGACGUUUGGAGUGGAGCAUCUACAAAAUCCAACAAAAGUGACUACGCCUUCAUGGGAUCUCUCAUCAUUAAGGAGGUGGUGAAGGAGUUGCUCACCAAGGGUCUUGAUAACGCCAAGGUUCUCCUGCUGGCUGGUAGCAGCGCUGGCGGGACAGGAGUUCUGCUGAACGUGGACCGCGUGGCUGAACAGCUGCAGGAGAUGGGACACAAAGGGAUCCAGGUUCGAGGGCUGUCCGACUCGGGCUGGUUCCUGGACAACAAGCAGUAUAGGAGGACUGACUGUGUGGACACCAUCAGCUGCGCUCCGACUCAGGCUGUCAAGAUAGGAAUCAAGUACUGGAAUGGCGUGGUGCCUGAACGCUGCAAGCAGCAGUUCGGGGAAGGAGAGGAAUGGAACUGCUUCUUCGGCUAUAAAGUCUACCCAGCUUUACGAAGUCCAGUGUUUGUGGUUCAGUGGCUGUUUGACGAAGCUCAGCUGACGCUUGAUAACAUCCACCUGACAGGGCAGCCAGUGCAGGAGGGGCAAUGGCUGUACAUCCAGAACCUGGGCAGGGAGCUGAGGAACACGCUCAAGGAUGUACCUGCAAUGUUUGCUCCAGCCUGCUUAUCACAUGAAGCAAUCACCCGAAGUUACUGGAUGGAUAUCCAAGUGAAGGGCACCUCGUUGCCUCGUGCCCUGCACUGUUGGGACCGCAGUCUCCAUGACAACAACAAGAACAACAAGAACCCGCCCAAGGGCUGCCCGGUCCACCUGAUUGACAGCUGCCCCUGGCCGCACUGCAACCCCACCUGCCCCACGAUCCGGGACCAGUUCACCGGCCAGGAGAUGAAUGUCAUCCAAUUCCUGAUGCACAUGGGCUUCGACGUGCAAAAGAUGGCCCAGCAACAGGGCAUGGAGCCCAGCAUGCUUUUGGGAAUGCUAAGCAGCGGCAGCUAAACGUGGAAACACACAGCCCCCUACAGACAAAAGGGCUUACAGAGACUUGAUCGGAUUCAAAGAAAGGCACACCCCGUGCUUUUUUUUUUCUCUUUGUUUUGUUUUUAAAAGAUUUCAAAUGAUGUCCCGUUUUAAGGAUACUCACUGGUUCCUUACAUGAAGAACAGUCAGCAUCAGCGACAGCAGUGGACUUGAGUCACAUCAUUCGCACCUCAGUUCAUUUUUUUUAAAUAAUUCACUCACACAAGCACGGUGAGAAAAGCACUGGAUCAUCCAAUCUCUCUCUCUCUCUCUCUCUCUCUCUCUCUCUCUCUCUCUCUCUCUCUGCAAGAGAUCUGUCACAGGCAACACGAUGGACUUUUUUUUUU